AUGGGGAAUUAUAGGAUGUGCUUAUGCUUCACAAGGAAGUUCAGGGUGACGGAGGCAGAGCCGCCGUCGGACGUCAAGGAGGCAUUCAACAAGUACGCCGAGGAUGCGACCCACAUGACAGCCGAACAGCUGCGGCAUUUCUUGGUGGAGCUUCAGGCGGAGGGCGGCGGCACGUCCGCGUCCGAAGCCGAGAGGAUCGUGGAGCAGGUACUGCAGAAGAGGCGCAACAUUGCCAAGUUGAUCAGCAGGCGCACUCUUCUCACCCUCGACGACUUUCACCAUUACUUGUUCUCUCCCGAUCUCAACCCACCUAUUCGAGCUCAGGUUCAUCAGGAUAUGACAGCUCCACUGUCCCAUUACUACAUAUACACAGGUCAUAAUUCAUACCUGACCGGAAAUCAGCUCAGCAGCGACUGCAGUGUUGUUCCAAUCAUAGAGGCACUCAAGAGAGGUGUAAGAGUGGUGGAGCUUGAUAUUUGGCCAAAUUCCGCACAGGACAAUGUGCAUGUUCUUCAUGGAAGGACCUUGACAACUCCUGUGGAACUUAUUAAAUGCUUGAAAUCGAUUAAAGAACAUGCAUUUUCUGAAUCUCCAUACCCUGUCAUCAUAACCCUUGAAGACCACCUUACCCCGAAUCUCCAAGCUAAAGUAGCACAGAUGCUCAUUGAGACAUUUGAGGAUAUGUUGUUCUACCCUGAAUCGGAUUUUUUGAAAGAGUUUCCAUCACCGGAACAACUCAAGUACCGAAUUAUUAUUUCUACGAAACCUCCUCAGGAGUACCGUAAGGCUCAAACUGCAAACAGAAAGGGAGAUGACUUACAUAAGAGUGAGGAAGAAGACUUAUUGGGGAAGGAACCAUCAGAGCUUAAUACAGAUGAACAUGAAGAAGAUGAUGAUACGAGUGAUAGUGAUUCAAGUGAGGAUAACAAUGGCGGCAAUAUUGGUGGAUUGUCCUCGCCAGGAGCACACGAAUACAAACAUCUAAUUGCUAUCCAUGCCAGAAAACCAAAGGGUGGUUUAAAGGAGGUACUAAAAAUUGAGCUUAACAAAGUUAGACGCCUUAGCUUGAGUGAACAAGCACUUGAAAAGGCUGCUGAAUCUUAUGGAACGGAUAUUGUUAGAUUUACCCAGAAGAACAUUUUAAGGGUUUAUCCAAAAGGUACUCGGUUUAACUCCUCCAACUACAAGCCGCUUAUUGGUUGGAUGCAUGGCGCUCAAAUGGUUGCAUUCAACAUGCAGGGAUAUGGUAGAUCUCUUUGGCUGAUGCAAGGGAUGUUUAGAGCCAAUGGGGGCUGUGGUUAUGUAAAAAAGCCGGAUUUUGUUAUGAAGAAUUUAGAUAAUCAGGUUUUUGAUCCUAAGGCAAACUUGCCGGUAAAGAAGACUUUAAAGGUGAAAGUGUAUAUGGGAGAUGGAUGGCAUUUGGAUUUCAAACACACACACUUUGAUUUAUAUUCCCCUCCCGAUUUCUAUACUAGGGUUGGCAUAGCAGGAGUGCCUGCAGAUGAAAUAAUGAAACAAACCAAGAAAAAAGAGGACAUUUGGACACCUUCAUGGGAGGAAGAGUUUACAUUUCAACUGAAAGUCCCUGAGUUGGCUUUGCUUCGAGUUGAGGUUCAUGAGCAUGACCUUUCUGAGAAGGAUGACUUUGGUGGCCAAACUUGUUUCCCAAUCUCUGAAUUGGAACAAGGGAUUCGUGCAGUCCCUCUCUUUGACCGUAAAGGGAACAAAUACAACUCAAUAAGGCUUCUAAUGCGAUUUCAGUUCAUCUGA